GGUCUUCUUACAAUUGGAAUAGCGUCAGUUGUCAGGCCUAAUGGGGCAAACUAUCUGCUACAAACCACUCAAAGUUUGAUCAAUCACACCAGCGACCUGGAAAAGAAAGACGUCUAUGUUGUGAUACUUCUUGCUGAUCUCCAGGAGCCAACAAAAUCCACCAUGAGGAGGGAACUGUUCAAAACUUUUGACAAAUAUAUUGAACAAGGGUUUCUGACGGUGAUUGAAGCAUAUCCAGAAUAUUAUCCAGAUCUUAAUAAUAUCAAAGAGAAAUAUGGCGAUUCUGUUCAAAGAAGAGCUUGGCGUUCCAAGGAAAACCUUGACAACUCUUUCUUGAUGUGUUACUGUAAGAACUUCAGCCAUUAUUACAUUCAUCUCGAAGAUGACGUGAAAUCUUCCCCCAGCUUCGUUUCCAAGCUGAGGGAUUUUAUAACAUCACAAACUGACACUGACUGGCCGAGCCUCAAUGUUGCCGUUAGAGGAAGCGUGGCGAAGGUUUAUUAUUCACAAGACCUCGAAAAUAUCGCUUCAUAUUUUUACCUAAUGUAUGACGAAAUGCCCAUUGAUUGGCUGAUGAACCAGUGGACAAAAAUCAAGUUUCCAAAUGUAGUGUAUCGCUAUAAUAAAGAACCCUUUUUGGCGUCGUUGUUCGAACACAUUGGUGUUCAGUCUUCGCUCGCAGAAAAAGGGUUGCAUAAUUCAAAUGAUUUGGAACCAUUUUUUGAUCAGUACGAUCAGAAGUACAAAGGCCUGAACCCACCUGCCACUGUAACCUCAUCACUGGCUUCUUAUCAAGGUGCCCCGCAGGAUGCUUAUGACAAGGGCAGUGGUUAUUUUUGGAGCAGGUAUUCCCAGAAAAAUGAUUACGUCUUGAUAAAAUUUAACGCGGCGACGGCUGUUCAGAAAGUGUUCGUGGAUACAGGAUCUUACAGGGCCCCUCAACAUUUGUUACAUUUUGGUGUUUUGCAAGCUAGCUUCCGGUCAGCUGAAGACAAUGAAACACAGACGAGUGGCAAAGAUUCCUGCGGAAAGUUCGAGAUUAUUGGAUUUUUCAACCGGGGACAAGCGAAAGCAUCUCUAGAUAAGUCCAGGAAGGUCACUUGUUUAAAAAUCUUAGUAGAACGGGAUCAACGUCAAUGGAUUUUUCUGCGCGAGAUUGAUAUUUGGUAGCCAACUGACCAAUUAAAACUCUGCUCCAGUCCCUCGAUUGGUCUUCUCGGCUGCUUUUUGACCUGGAGACUGGAUUACCAUCACAUGUUCAUCAUCAUACUAUCUAAGAAAAGAAACAAAGAAUGGUCAAGGAGAAUGACUUUUUGUUGAUAUAUUUACAGGGUUUCCAUUUUCCGAUGGUACUUUCGUUUCAUUCUCUUAUCAGGGAGCUUACGCAACGACGCCUAAUCAAAAAAGAUUUAUAUUUUACCGACGAAAUUCGCAACAAGUGUCUAGAUCUGUUCAGUACGCCAAUGGCUGCAAAACCGUGCUCAGGCUACAUGUGCAAUGACAGUGUUUAAUCCAAAUGGUAAUACGAAAACUUAACCGGCGCCGCUCGCGUUUCC